GACAUUUGUCCAGAUUCUCCUUCUGGAUUUUGCGCUGAGCUGCGGCCCGAGGGGGGGAUGCACACAGAGGAGGAGAGGAAGAGAGAGGGAGGACAGGGAGGAGGAGAGGAGGAGAGGCGGCUUCUCAGCUGAGGAUGCUUGUUGUUUCUAGGAUUUAAUCACCGGGCCCCGCGCUCAUCCUCCUCCGGCACCGAGCGCACCUCUCCCCGCUGCGGCUGCCCCUGCACCUCGCCCUCCCGCAGGCCCCGGGCAGCCUGAGGCUCUUUGCCUCGGUGGUGGUGGUGGUGGUGCUCUUUUUUUUUUUUUCCUCUUCCUCUAUUUCCUGAUGCAGGGUCUGGGAGGGGGUGAGCCAAAGUGUGCACCGGAUAUUGGAAAACCCAUUCUGCUAGCUGAUGCUGUUACGAUAAUAGAUUAUUAUCUGGACGCGUCUGCACGCAGAGGCACAUCCUGACCAAACGAGGCCAGAGCCCGGGGAUGAAGUGUGGAGCUGCCUGGGAGGAACAUGAAAAGGAUUUUUGGACGGUAGCAGCAGCAGGAGGAUGAGGAGGGAGGGGGGGUCCCUGAUAUCGAUCAGUCAAUGGAUUCAAUCAGAGCUUUCUGACUCGGGAUAUUUGAAACUCUGCUCUUACAGAAAUCAAUUUGUGGCGAAUGUAGCCUUCCUGUCCAGGUCUCAGUGAGAUCCCUGUUUUUUUUUGUCCAGCUGCACAAAACCAACCAGCUUUAAACUCCUCUGUUCUCCAGCAGGGGUGGAUGAGACUAUUGUGGACAAACCUCACCUCACCCCUUCUCCUUCUCUUUCUCCGCUCGUCCCUGUGAACGAUGCUGCUGCAGUGAGAGACGCGAGCGGAUCCCGGGAAAUACUUUAUUCUAGGCCCGAUAAUAAAAGAGUGGAGCCUGGGCCGACUCUCGCUCCCAGCACGGACCUGACCGCAUGACAAGCAAGUGCAUGGGAGUAUCCUGCAGGGCCCGGCUCUAGAUCACGACCACACCAGUCCUCCGCGCCUCCUCUCCUCUCCUCUCCUCACCGCCGCCUGGCAUGUGCGUAACGGCGUUACGCACGGAGCAGGACCGAGCCCUAUCUUGAUCUGCCUCACAUCGGGAGAGAGAAUUUCAGGAUGAGCAGCAAGGAGCUGACGGUGGGCCUGUCCAGCCAGUAUGUGGGGCCCUACCGGCUGGAGAAGACCCUCGGGAAGGGCCAGACAGGACUGGUGAAGUUGGGCGUCCACUGUAUAACAGGACAGAAAGUGGCCAUAAAGAUUGUGAACAGGGAGAAACUCUCUGAAUCUGUUCUCAUGAAGGUGGAGAGAGAAAUAGCUAUCCUUAAACUAAUAGAGCAUCCUCACGUUCUGAAGCUGCACGAUGUCUAUGAGAAUAACAAAUACCUGUACCUGGUGCUGGAACAUGUGUCCGGAGGAGAGUUAUUCGACUACCUGGUGAAGAAGGGCAGGUUGACGCCCAAGGAGGCCAGAAAGUUCUUCAGACAAAUCAUCUCCGCCCUCGACUUCUGCCAUAACCACUCCAUAUGCCACAGAGACCUGAAGCCAGAGAAUCUUCUCCUGGAUGAGAAGAACAACAUCAGGAUCGCAGACUUCGGCAUGGCGUCGCUACAAGUCGGGGACAGUCUGCUGGAAACCAGCUGUGGGUCCCCACAUUACGCUUGUCCAGAGGUUAUAAGGGGGGAGAAGUACGACGGCCGCAGGGCCGAUGUUUGGAGCUGUGGAGUCAUCCUCUUCGCUCUUCUUGUGGGUGCUUUGCCCUUUGACCACGACAACCUGCGGCAGCUUCUAGAGAAGGUGAAGAGCGGAGUGUUCCACAUGCCUCAUUUCAUACCUCCUGACUGCCAAGCUUUGCUCAAGGGAAUGAUAGAAGUCAACCCGGACAAGAGACUCACGGUGAGAGUUCAGAAACGUCUUAAAUAA